AUGUCGGCGAAUUCAGAACUCCAAGCGAGAAUCAAAAUCUUGGACAUAAACGAUGAUGGAAUUCUUAUUAUCCAAAAAAUAAGGUUCAUUCUGGAAUCAUGGACUGCGAACUGCGCGACCAAAGAGGAUGUACAAAAAAGUAUCAAGUCUCUGUACAAAAAUAGCCUGAAGGAUGCAGUUUUGUCAGCAAAAGUUUUGUUAUUGUUGACAUCGAAGAAAUUUGUGACGCUGGAAGUAGUAGGGGAGAACGUCCGUUCAUUAUUCGUGAGAUGUAUGCAUAAAAACUUCGAUUCUACCAAGAAAUCAGGCUUUGUGAAGGAUGAUGGUUCCAGAAUGUCCAAUCAAAGGGAGAAGUUUAAUCAAAUAAUUUUGAAUGUAAGAACGACUUUACUGACCACUGAAGAAAAAUAUGUGAACAAUUGGCUUAUGUUUUCACUGGAAGUUUCCAAUAUAUGCUUCAGUGUUCUACCAUCGGAUAUGGAAGUAUAUUACCAAAGUAUAACUAACGAUGAAGAGUUUGGUAAUAUUUAUAAGUUAACCCUUGAAAAUCACCAACAGAAAACGGUUUUCAACGCUCUAAAUGGGAAUUCUCCUGUUGAAAAGAAACAAUCUAAAAAAGUACUGACCCAAGUCGAUGAAAAUAUUUUCCAUAAAUAUAUGAAAAGGCGGAAUAUACCUACAGCUUUAACGCGAAGACUUGAAGCCAUCAUACCAACAAAUGACAUAAAUAAAUGCUGUUUGCAUCUGGCAUCUAGUAUGGGCUCACAUGCAACCUCCCAGUGGCCCCAUUACCAAGCUAUGGGAUUUUUGGAUGCCUUCAUUUCAUCCAGAAAGACUCAGCUCAAACCUCCUGGAAUUACUGGGAAAGUUGCACAAAUGCACCAGCUGCAACAUGAAGAGGACUUUCCAAGCUGUAGUGCCUGGAACACAGUAUCCCAGUUGAUUGAGUCUGCAGCAGAAGAGGAAAGUCAAAGUGUGAGGACAGCUGAGUCUGCUGUAGAAAAGGAUGCCUCUGAAAGUGGGCCAGAGGAUCUGCAAAGAUCAGAAACCUCAACUCCAAGUGGGAGCCACCACGUAGAACAUGCUGGCACAUGGAGGCGGAUGGUUAAGUCCAAGAGGGCCCUAGCAGAGGAGCCCAUGCUCCAGGCUUUAGAAUCUACCCUAUCAACCACUCAAGGGUAUUUUAAAAAAAAAGUGCACCAACGCCAGCAGUUCCAGCAUUUGCUUUGGCAGUGGAUCAAAGUUUGGCGUCUAUAA